AUGUCCACCGACGAAGGCGCCACCCCAAAGGAACUCCUCCUCGAAGCCUGCCGCCGCAACAACACGACCCUCCUCUCCGAAGUCCUCUCGACACCCCCUCUCACCCCCAAAAACUCCUCCACCAUCGCCCAAUUCCUCAACACCACCACGGACGCCCUAGGCGCCAGCGCCCUGCACGUCGCGGCGCAGUACGGCAGCUACGAGGUCCUGGAUACGAUCCUGGAUCAGGAGGGCGUGGAGAUUGAUGGGCAGGAGCGCAGGGAGGGGGAUACGUGUUUGCAUCGGGCGGUGAGGUUUGCGAAUGAGUUGAGGCAGGAGGAGUGGGAGAGGGGGAGGGCCGUGGUGGAUAUUCUUGUGGAUGCCGGGUGUGAUCCUAGAAUACGAAACAAAGCCAAACUCAAACCCAUCGACCUCGUGGAUCCGCGGAAUACGGAGCUGAGGAAGGACUUGCAGAAGGCGGAGUUGACGCUGCAGAUGGCGGGGGAUGUGGUGCAGGAGGAUGAAGACGAGGAUGCGCGGGAUGGGCCGGGGAGUGAGAGUGAUUGA